CUUAAUUCAUUGACUUUGAAGUAUUUUCUGCUACACUGUGAUUGGUUGGUGGUUGCUCUCCCGACUCCGACAACAAACUGAACAGGUUGUGCUAAUUGUACUACCCCAAAUCAAUAGAAACGGCUUGUAUUGAAAUCCUCUACUUACCGAAAUAGAAGCCUUCAGGUUAUGGUGUUUGAAAAGAGGGAUUGUGGACAAUUUCAUGACUGUCACUAACUUGCAUCUCAGUGGAAACCAUUCGGGGUUCGUCACGCAAGAAGCUUUAUUCCGCGGCUGGCCGCCCGUCUCGCCCUGUCGCCACUCCCCUCUCAGCAGGCGAACAUGCACAGGUCGCGGCUGGAGAUGGAAAACAAGGAGUUGGACUUCCACUUUGAGAUUGUCAACGUGCAGUUCAACGAGCUGGGCCGCUACGUGCUGAGACUUGCGGUGGAGAACCCGCUGCUCGAGGGCUCGGCGGCCGGCGUCAGGCUCCUGGUCAACGGUGGCGGGGCCCUCUACACCAACCGGACAACCACCGACGUGGUGGCCCAGACGGGUCUCGGCGAGAUCCACACCGUGGCCAGGAGGAAAUUCCUCUUCAGACUUCCCAAAGGCUACUGCCAAAACGAUGAAAACCAUGAUGUGAGGUUGCGUAUUGAGGCCUUUCGAGUCACAGACUCUUCGCUGAAGGGAGCGCAGAAGGCAGGGGAGGCAUUUUUUGCCAUCUACCCGCGCACUGACGCACCCAGGAUCAAUGUGUUGGCAAAGGAGGACGAGGACUUCUACUGUUACAGCAGCAUCAUGACAUUGCUCAGGGUGCAGGAUGACGCACUCUCAAUGCACUGUGGGAGGAUGGCCUACAAGGUGCGUUUCCACGAGACACGGCCUCCAAGGGAUGUCCUGUUGGCUGAUUCCACACCACCAGUGAGCACAGACCAAGGCCAAAUCCAGCCCAUUAGCCCAAGCUUACCGCUAGCAAUGAUUCGCAAAUCAACACCACCUCCCACUGUGCUGAAGCAACAGAUACCAUCACCUUCACCCAUUCCUGAGCAGAAUGAACCCAAGGAGGGAACUCAACUUGAACCUUUGCUGAAGGCCCCUGAAGAAAGCCCUUCUCCUACCCUAGUGGUGGACCAUCUUGCGUAUCAGCGGCAGUCCAGUAAUUCCAGCUUACAUCUUUCUCCUCUGGAGCACAUUCCUGCAGGAAGCUUUGGGACACAUCCUCGCGCACGUGUGUUGGAAUCGCCCCCUGGGAAGACCGAACCAACUCUCACAUCUCCCACCGAUGAGUGGCAUGUCUCCAGACCUGGCAAGCAGUCCAUUACCAUCAUACUGCAUGGGGCAACUGACCUACCAGCCCUCAGUGAUGGCUCUGUGCCCCAACCGUUCGGGACUGUGAAGAGUGGUAUGGAUGAAGAGGAGAACCAGAGAGCCCAGGGUGUCACCCAUGCCACGGCCCAUCCCACACACUCCCCGUCCUGGGAGGAGAAGGUUACAGUGGAGAUUGAAGAAGAGGUGGCCAAAGAGGAAGUGGUGAUUGUGAGCAUUGCAGACAGCAGAAGCAAGGAGCUACUAGCCAGCUACUGCCUUCCUGUGCUCCAUCUGCAGAUGUUUCAUCAUUACCACCUCGAGCUCGUACAGCCACACCCAAGCAUCCCAUCUGGCAUUCGAUUAUAUGUCACCGUUGUUCGGAAAGGCAGCGUUAUUCCUCGACAGGAGGGAUUUGCUUUCACUGGUUUUGAGGUGCUGCUUCGCGCGGUGGAAUGUCCUUUGAAGGACCCCUCAGGCCCCCUCCUUGCAGUAGCCAGGAUCGUUCCUGACUAUGAAUCCUACAAGUCAAAAAUGUUAAUGAAAUCCCCCAGGCUGGCUGGUAUCAGUGUCACCACAGUGGAGUACCCAAGACCAAAGCAGUCUUCAUUGGAUGUUCCCCAUCACACCAGCCAAGGUUAUCCACAGGUGUCUCAUGCAGGUUUCCCUCAGGAACAGCCAGUUUGGGAUCACUCCUUCCUGUUUCAGGGCCGAGACUGUGCCACCAUCUUCACUGUGGGAGCAGCCCUCAUCAUCGAGUACUACUGCGUCUCCCUGGUGAUGAACACUGUAAGCUGGUUCAACCGGAGUCCCGUGGGGUUCUCAGGCGUGCCCCUGGGCCAGGACGUCUACCACAGACUGAUGACGGAGAAUGGAGGCCUUGGGCUGAGGGUGGAUGGCCUUCCUGUGCAGGGAACCAACCUGAGGACAACAUCCAGCACCACCCCAACCGUGGGGCUUGUCCUCCGCCUCAUUGGCUCUGAGCGCCCAGAUUCGAUCCUUGCUGUUGCUCAUCCCUCCCGUGUGCCCACUGUGGGAGAACAAACCCUAAGGAGCUCCCACAGCAUGAAGCAACAACAAACCACAAGCAGUGCACUGGCUGCUGUCAACCCUGAUGCUUCCUCAGGGCUUCACCUGACAAAGACAGAAGAGCGGACCCCACCGCCAGUCCCGGAAGGGUCAGCAGAGUUACCACCAGCACCACGUGUGAAGCUUCUGAAGGACAGAGUUAAUCUUCCAUCUUACGAUGCACUGGCACAAGUGCUGCCAGAUUAUGAGUACCUCUUUCGUGCUUCCAGCCCAAAGGAAAAACAGAAGAUGGAAAAGGGAGAACGGCAGUCACCCGUCAGAGCUCCUGAACUUCCUGAGACACAAGAACCUAUCUUGCUGCCAAUGAAAAGGGAGUCUACAACUGAGGUCAAUAUUGGAAACCCGGAAAUCACUCACCAUGAAGCCCAGGAGCUGGAGAACUACCGAGCCGCAAUGCAGAAAAUGGCCACUGAUAUCAUCAAACUGAGGAAGGACAUGGCCUGGCAGGAGGCCGAAAACAGCAAACUGCGCAGCGAACUGAGCCUGCACCAGAACUUGGGGCCAACUCUGCUGGACGACGCUGACAUCGAUGUGAUGACAAAGGCAGAAAUAGCAGACAGAAUUGGCACACACAGUAAAUCCAAGAAACACAAUAGAAUCCUUGAAAGAACACUCCCGACAGGAUGGAUGAUCAACCAGUGUGCAAAGACAACAGAUUGUGCAGAUGCAAAAGAAAAAAAUAAGCAAUAAGUAUUGAGAACAUGGGAACAUGAGCGAUGUGGUAAUACACAUAGUCAUAUUCCCAGGGAAGGGGAGCACAGAACUGGGGGGAGUGCAUAAAUUUAAGGUGGGACCUGAGGGGCAAAUUCACAUGAUGUGUAUGUGCAACAAGCUGCCAGAUAAAAUUAUUGAGGCAGGUAGAGACAGUUGGAAAGGUUUGGAGACAUAUAGGUCAAAUGUAGGCAAAUGGAACUAGCUUGGUGAGCUCCGUGGUCUGUAUGGAGAAUUUGGGCCGUAAUGCCUGUUUCCAUGCUGUAUCAUUCCGUACCUCUAUUUUCCUUUGGAAAUUUCAAAUAUUUGCUUGUUCAUUUUUCCGAAUGAAUGCAUUUCCUUUCCUGACCCAUUGCAAUAUUAUCCUCCCCCCUUUGUUCUCUUUCCCCCUAUUUUUCUCCUUCAUUCCACAUGCACACCACACUCCCCUAUCCUCUCUCAGCGCUUUAAAACUUCUCAAACUGUUCCCAGUUAGAGUCAUAGUGGCCAACUAUUAAUCUGCCUGGUUUUAUGGAUCUACACCUGGACCAUAGCACUCCAUAGCCUUUCCAUCCAUGUACUUACGCAAACUUCCCUUAACUGCUAUAAUUAAACCCGCAUCUACCACUUCUGCUGGCAAUUCAUUCUGACUGAAGAUAUUCCCCCUGAAGUUCCACUUAAAUAUUUUACCUUUCACCCUUAACUUAUGACCUCUAAUUCUAGUCUUACCCAACCUCCAUGAAAAAAAGUUCUGAUGGAGUGUCUUUGAUCUGAAUUUUAACCAUAUCUCUCUUCAUACAGAUACUGCUUGACCUGCUGAAUGUUUCUGGAAUUCCCUAUUUUUAAUUUACUAAUGAUGUCUGUUAGCUGAGAACAGGGUGUAAUAAAGUGACCACUGAAGUGGAACCUGAUGUGUUCUUCUGCUGCUGAAGCUCAUCCACUUCAUGGUUCAAUGCAUUGUGCUUUCAGAGAGGUUCUUUUGUACUCCAUUGUUGUAAUGUAUUGAUAUUUGAAUUACUGCCACCUUCCUGUCAGCUUGAAAGAGUCCGGUUGUUCUCCUCUGACCUCUCUAAUUAACAAAGCAUUUUCACCCACAGAACUGCUACUCACUGGAUGUUUGUUUUUUGUUUUACACACCAUUCUCUGUAAACUCCAGAGACUGUUGUGUGUGAAAGUUCCAGAAGAUCAGCCAUUUCUGUGAUACUCGAACUACCCCAUCUGGCACCAGCAAUCAUUCCAUUGCCAAAAUCACUUAGAUUUCACUUCUUCUCCAUUCUGAUGUUUGGUCUGAGAAAAGCUGAACCUCUUGACCAUGUCUGCAUGCAUUGAGUUGCUGCCACACGAUUGGCUGGCUAGAUAUUUGUAUCAAUGAGCAAGUGUACAGAUUUAACUAAUAAAGUGUCUACUGAGUGUAAUGCUUAAUGACACCCAAAUAGAGAAGCGACUGCCAUUUGAACU